UGUAUCAUUAACGCAAGAGGCCCUAUUAAGAGAGGCUAGACCUCCAAAACCGUCCGUCACGUCGAAGCUCUGAAUGGCUGUCACCCUCUCCCUUUUGCUCGAUUCGUGGGCCAGAACAUUAUGGGCCUAAGUAUCAAAAUAGUUUGGAUCUAUUUCGUACAACCCAUUUGGAUCCGCGGGAAUAUCUUUGAUGGAACCGGUCAGUCACCUGCUUAUCCGGCCGGUUUAUAUUUAAAUUCCUUGGAUUCUGAAGAAGAUCUGGAGAAACUGGAGUCAGAGGUGGAGCAUAUGUCGCGCAAGGUUUCCGAGUACAGGAAAAGCCUACCGAGUCAUCUGAGCAACACUGUGAUUUCUUCUCAUAGAUCCAAUUUUCCCAACAUCAGUUCCGGGUCUGAUUCUUUGCUCUUCCGCACAACUACCACUGACUGGGAAGAACUUGUACUCUCAAGAGAUGGAGCACGUCUAGGAGGAAUAGAGCAAGAGUCUCGAGAUAACUUUAUUCAGCUCAAAGAAAGAGUGUACGAGAACAUUGCCACAGUGCCUCUAGUUGUAGAGAGAAUGCGAGAGGGUAAAGAGAGAAUCGACAAAUCCAAUUCUUUCAAUGGAACUACUACUAUACACCCGGCUUUCACAAGACGAAAAGCUAACUAACCAAUCAGUUUCUAGUUCUCCAUAUUGGCUUUACCACUCAAACAAAGCUAAUGCAUUAUGCAUAGAAGAUAUGGCUAGUAUUUCUUUAUACUAUAUUAGUAUCAACCAACAUCCCUCGCAUUUAGAAUCUAUAUGUAAGAAGUUGCAUAAUUGUCAAGAACACCCAAAUUCAAGCUUAAGAAACUUUUUUUUUUUUUUUUU